CAUGUCUUCCUGGCCGGUUUGUUCACUUGAUCACUCGUUAAUUCUUUUUACAUAUAUAUAUAUAUAUAUAUGGACACACACACACACACAUAUAAAUAUAUAUAACUAAUAAGACUUGGGGUCGUGGUUAGGAAAUCAGAAGGGAAACAGAAGGCUGGAGUUAUGGAAUUUCCCGGCGGUGAUAGUCGUUUGCUUUUCGUUUCCGCCUGCGUCCUCGCCGGGCUAAUUGCAGCGGCUGCAGGAGCUGAUAUUUUUCAGGAGUGGCAUGUUCGGUUUGAUUCAAACAUAAGGCCUAUCUCUGCUUAUCAAUCGGUUAUUACCAUUAAUGGGAUGUUUCCAGGACCUCUUAUUAAUGCCACCACCAAUGAUAAUGUUCAUAUCAAUGUCUUCAAUGAAAUUGAUGAGCCAGUGCUUUUUACAUGGAAUGGCAUACAGCAAAGACUGAACUCAUGGCAAGAUGGAGUUUCAGGCACUAACUGUGCAAUCCAGCCAGGAAGAAACUGGACCUAUGUGUUUCAAAUGAAGGAUCAAAUUGGGAGCUUCUUCUACUUUCCCUCUAUAAAUUUCCAAAAAGCUGGAGGAGGGUUCGGUCCAAUUCGUAUAAAUAACAGGAUUGUUAUUAAUGUUCCUUUCCCUAAACCUGAGGCAGAAUUUGAUCUUCUCAUUGGCGAUUGGUAUGAAUAUGAUAUCAAGACUCUCAGGUCCGGCCUUACUACUCCCGACUAUUUCACAUUACCUAACGUGCUGCUUAUGAAUGGAAAAGACUCCUACUUGGAUCCACUAGGAAAAACUCACGAGUCUUUUCACUGUUACGCAAGGUCGGUUCUUGUCACAGCUGACCAAGAAGCAGCUGAUUACUACAUUGUAGCAUCUCCUAAAAUGGUGAAUUCCUCUUUCCUUAGCAGCUUUUCCGGUGUUGGCCUGCUGCAUUACAACAACUCAACAACUCCUCCUUCAGGAUCUGUGAUUGACGGACCUGAUCCAUUUGAUCUUCAAUUCUCCAUUGAUCAAGCCAAAUCCAUUAGGUGGAACCUGACUACAGGAGCCGCUAGGCCUAAUCCACAAGGCACUUUCAAUGUAACAAAUGUGACAAUCACGCAAACCUUCGUCCUCCGUGGAUCAACUGCAAGAAUUGAUUCUUUACUUUACUACACAAUCAACAAUGUGUCAUACCUUACACCAAAUACUCCAUUGAAGCUGGCUGAUCACUUUGCUAAUGGGACUGGUGUUUAUGAACUUGAUCAGUUCCCUGUUAAUGCUAGCAAUGUGGAGGCUAAACGUGGAGUUUUUGUCGCAAGCGGGUUACAUAAAGGGUGGUUGGAGCUUGUUUUUCAAAAUGAUUUAGAAGUGAUCGACUCUUGGCAUUUGGAUGGUUUUGGAUUCUUUGUAGUUGGAUUUGGAGAUGGAGAAUGGAAACCCGAAAUGCGAAACGUCUACAACCUUUAUGAUCCCGUUGUCCGCUCCACUGUUCAGGUGUACCCAGGAGGAUGGACAGCAGUAUACGUAUAUCUUGACAAUCCUGGCAUGUGGAAUUUGAGAUCACAACUAUUGAUGAAUUGGUAUUUGGGUCAAGAACUAUACAUGAGGGUUUAUAGCGCUGACCCGAACCCUGCCAAGGAGCGACCUUCCCCUCAAAAUCUCCUCCUAUGUGGAAUAUUCAAUAGCUCCGCUUCAGCCCCUGCACCCCAUCCCAAUGUGCCCUCAACACCUUCUAGCUCACAAUCUCAACAAAUAACAUGGUUUCAUCUUGUUAUGAUUUACAUUGUCACCAUCCUCUACACCGGACAGCAUUGAGCUUCAGUGUUUCUUUUUUAAAUUCCAAUUUCCUAUAGAUUCAUUAAAUUGGGAGAGGAGUGAUUUGAAAUAGAUUGGAGCAGUUUUACCUUAGUUGUCCUGGCAAUAUUACAAUGAGGCUGCUCCAUAUUACACUCUAUACUUUUACUUAAGAGGACGACAUGGUUUGUACUGAAGGCUGCUUAUCU